AUGACUCUAGUCCAACCAACCCUCGAGAAGGCCAACGCCCACAACUCAUGUCAAUUCACUCUCCCAACAAGAAGAGGCGACUAUCUCACCCAGGUCUCGUGGCCUCUAUCCUGGACCGAGCGAGAACCACCAAAAGAUAACACUUCUGUUGUGUCAACCUUAUACAUCGUCGAUGGAAAUGCCUACUUCUUUACAGCAACCGACAUAGCUCGCCGUCUCGAGCUCACACAUAAGACCAACGUCAUCCUCGUCGCAAUCGGCUACCCCAACAAAACAUGCGUAUUCGACAAGCGAAGAAACGGAGAUCUUACACCUGAGGCUGAAGAUAGUGUGUAUGAUAUCCCACCUGGUCCCGAUGGGAAACCUUCUCCUGGUCCAUUUGGCGAGGCAUCGGAUUUUCUGGAUAUCAUUCAACAUCAGAUCAGACCGUUGAUCGAGAAAACACUCUUCCCAAACAUUGAGGGACCAAACGCUUUAUUUGGGCAUUCUUACGGCGGUUUAUUUACGCUCAAUGCUUUGUUCACAAAGCCAGAAUUCUUUGAUACAUACAUAGCAGCAAGUCCAUCGAUCUGGUUCGACAACAAAAGCAUAUUCCAGAACCAAGAACCAGGUUUCCACGCUCGCGAACCUCCCACGGGCCGAGCCCCCCGUUUGUUGGUCACAUUUGGCAGUGCAGAGCAGAAGCUGAUAAAGCUACCCGGCGAGUCUGACGAAAAGUUCGACAAGAAACAAAAGGGAGCUUUGGAGAGGAAGAUGAAGGAUAAUGCUAUGGAAUUGGUUAGCAGAAUGCAGAAAUCGAACAAUUUGAGGAAUGUCUGGAUGUGGGAGUUUGAGGGGGAGGAUCAUGGCGGUGCGGCAGUUUGCGCGUUACAGAGAGGGCUGUUUAGGUUUUUGUUGGAUCAGCGGGAGUAG